AUGUUUGAGCAGCAGGAGCAAGACAAGGACAAGGAUCGACUCCGCCAUCACGCAAUCCCCCGAUCGCCCACUCGACCCGACAUCGCCUCCGGUUCCGCCCAGUCUUCCUCUCCGUCCAGACGUCCUUCGCGCAAUAGGGCCAAUUCGGCAUCCACCUCGUCCCACGCACCCAGCAUGCCUCAAUACACCUCCCGUGAUGUCGGCGACCCGACCCAGAUCAAGAAGAACAAGCAGAGCAUGGCGGACCUCAAGCUGCGCCGCCUGACCGAGCUCAACAACAGACUGCGCGAGGAUCUAGAGCGAGAACGUAUCCCCGUCAGCCAGGCGAGCAAAAGCAUCAUCGCCUACUGCAACAGCACCAGAGAUUACAUGGUCGUCAAUGUCUGGGGUGUCGUACCAAAGGGCGAGGACCCUUACGCACCACAACAGAGCGGCGGGUGCUGUUUGGUCAUGUAA